AUGGACCCGCAAUUACGAUUGGACACCUCGUUUGGUGCGGGAACUCAAAGAUACUCUUUCAUUGAAACGCCGCUAGAAUUGAAUCCUUCCCGACAAAGGAUAGAGCGACAAGUACCGCUGUCAGGAUCAGAGACAAAAGCCAAUGCUUGUCCGGUACAGCAGCAGGUCACCGCGACAGAAGACAUUCAACCAACGUUCAAUGAGAAAGCUCAACUUCAGCAUGAGUCUGCUGCGUCUGUCUACCCCGGUGGUCCGCCCAUUGAGCAGCAUCCUGCGCAUUAUGCUCCCUAUGCAGAGGAUGCGCCACAACAAGCGCAGUUCGAUACGUUUGCACCAGCAUACUCGUACAGCGCUGGCCACGAUCCACUUCCAGUCAAGGCGGACCCUGAGGCGUCAGAUAAAGUCGCAGAGUCUCGAAAGAUAUCUGUUGCGCCUGACGAGAACCCAUUGCAUUCUCCCCGCCUGCCACGCUUUCCUCCACCGAUCAUGACCAGCGCGCCACAUCCAACUACGCCAAUGUCCUAUCAUCAACCGGGGCAGAUUGCACACCCCAACCAGGUCGUCAAGGGUGGAACAUGGAGUCAUGGUUUAUGUGAAUGUUCCAGCAUCGGAACAUGCUGUCUUGGACUUUUGUGUCCUUGUAUACUCUACGGGAGGACGCAGUAUCGCCUUUCGAUGAAAGCGAAAAAAGAGAACCCAACCAACAUGCUAGGCCACGAGACAUGCAACGGCUCGUGUACGGCAAUGGCCUUGCUAUGCGGAUGUCAAUGGCUGCUGGCUACUGUGCAGCACACACGGACACGCAAAGCGUACGGUAUCAGUGGCAACGUUGGGUCUGAUUGUGUGCGAGCGACAUGCUGCACAUGCUGCACGCUCAUACAAGACGAGAAGGAAUUCAAGACUCGGGAAGAAGAGCGAGAAAGAGCUGCUUGGGCCACGGGGCAGGCACUGCUAUCACCAUAUGCAGCACCCUUGCAGAUGUCCUAUGGCCAGCCGCCGAGAUGA